AAAAUUGAAAUGAGGUUAUGAUUUCCUAAAUUGGACCACAUGAAGUUUCUUAAUUUGAACCGGUCCAAUUUAAGCAACCUUUUUUUUUCAGUUGAAUACUAUGUCUCAACGGGGAAAGUAUGGAAAGUGGAGCGAGACGAGCAUGCAAGAAGCCCUUAAUGCCUAUGAAAAUAAUGUUGCCGGUUUAAAUGAAAUCGCUAGGAGUUAUAAAGUUCCUAAAGCUACUCUGAAACGUAGAAUUGACGAUACAAACAAAAAUGUGCAUGGAUGCGAAAAAAAAUUCGGACGUUCUACGGAUCUUCCCCUAGAAAUUGAAAAUGAAAUAGUUAACCAUGUAUUGGAGCUAGAAAGAAGCUUGUUUGGAAUCACUCGCAAUGAUUUGCGAAAACUUGCCUAUGAUGUCGCCGAAGCUAAUGGGAUUUUACAUAGAUUUAAAAACGGUAAAGCCGGCAAGAAAUGGUAUUACUGCUUUAUGUCCAGGCAUAAAGAGCUAUCUCUUCGACAACCAGAGCCUACUUCAGCAGCGCGGGCUACAGGUUUCAACAAAGAAAAAGUCAAGGCUUUUUUUGAUUGCCUUACUUCUCUCUAUAAUGAGUACAAUUUCAGUCCAUCUUGCAUUUAUAAUGUAGACGAGACUGGCCUCUCUACGGUUCAGAGGCCUCAAAAAAUUAUUGCACAGAAAGGAAAACAUCAAAUAGGAGCACUUACGAGCGGAGAGCGAGGUGUAAAUACGACAUGUGUCUGUUGUUUGAACGCUGCUGGCAAUUACGUACCGCCAAUGCUUAUUUUCAAGCGCAUUAGAUUUAAAGAUGAACUGAAGGCAGGCGCCCCUCCAGGAACAGAAUUUGCAUGUUCAGAGUCAGGUUGGAUAACUAGUGAGCUGUUUGUUAAAUGGUUGCAACAUUUUAUUAGUUUUGCGAAACCAUCUACUGAUAGGAAAGUUCUCUUAAUACUGGAUGGGCACACCACUCACACAAAAAACCUAGAGGCCAUUUUACUUGCCAGAAAGCAUGGAAUUGUAUCGGCGCUUCUUGGGGAAGCAUAUGCUAAAGCAGCAUCUGUUGGGAAUGCUCUAAGUGGAUUUGCCAAAUGUGGAAUAUGGCCGUUGGACCCAAAUUUGUUUGAUGAUAGCGAAUACGUUUGUCUAUCUACCAGUACUAGUAGUACCACUUCGUUUAAAAAUCAAGUAAACUCGGAGAUAACCGAAGAAGUGAUUCAGAGCGCUUCACAGUUGACUAACAUUGAUUAUUCCAAUCCACUUGCAUCCACUUCAACAUCCUGUUUGCUAAACACAAAAGGUAAAUCAAGUAGUGAGCUGCCCAAAAGGAAAUCUGUUUCCGAAGUAUCACCUGUGCCCAUUUUGAAAAGAAAAUCGCGUAACCUGGCCUUGCCUUCUACUACAAUUAUUACAGAUAGUCCAUACAAGAACGAUCUUGAAAAAAAACAACUCAAAAAAAUUGAUGCUUCUUCAGCCACCAGAAAUGUAUUUUCUUCUGCAAAAGCUACCAGUAAAGGAAAGUCGUCCAAACUCGAUAACAAGAGACCUAUUACAAAGAGACGAAGUCUACAACAUGGAACGUCAAGCGAAUCUGAAUCGGAGGACGAAGAUUGUCUAUGCCUUGUUUGUUUAUUUCCAUAUUCUAAAUCGAAUCCAGGCGAAGAAUGGAUUCAAUGUAGGAUUUGUAAAAAAUGGUCGCAUCUUAAAUGUAUCAGUGGAAAAAAUGUUAAUUUCUAUGAAUGUAUCAACUGUGAAUCAUCAUCAGAUAGCGACUAA